AUGGUGCCGCAGAAGGAAAUGUCCUCCGUCUACAGGCAAACACGCAAGAGGAUACCAUGCACCAGAGCAAAGCCGCAGAGAGCUGCGAACCCUCCACACACCCAGCAACCAACCAGGUCGAGUCAGACAGCCACGGAAUGCACAUUGCCAAAGCCAACGAAAACACAGUGGACCUCUCCUAAGGCAGAACUACCCCAUACUCCACUUGUCGACGUCCAGCGCAAUGGGUGUUUGGAACGGACAUCAAGAACCCAGAACUCGAGGGUGCCUCACAAAAACUUAACUGGACUCUGGUGA